ACGUCUAAUUCUUUUUAAAGUUAUCCAUCGGUCUUUUCUUCUAAAGCUCCGCCAUUGUUGCAGAUUAAACAUUAGCAUUUUUAUUAUAUUUCAUGCGACAUUUGGAUGUUAGCACCAGAACAGCACGCAUAGUUUCUAAGAUAAGAUGACGCAUUGUAAAAGAUUGUUUAAGGUGGCUAUUGUAACAUUGCAUUACAUGUUAUUAUUUUCUCUCCCAACACCAGAAAGUUUAAGCAUGCUAAAAACAGAAGAACCAAAUACGGGUAUAUUGGGAAAAAACGAAUGGCUUACAGAUAAAAAUAGCAAAAACUGCAUGGUCCAUGGUACAAAGUACCAACAAGUUAUUAGUGAACGCGACUGCAAAGCAGUAACGAUCGAUGUGCCGUUCUGUUAUGGGCAAUGUAAUUCCUUUUUUAUACCACGAUAUGGAGAGGACUUUAAUAGUUGCAAUACUUGCAUGCCAAAAAAAUGGAACGAAACGAAAGUUCAAUUAAACUGUAAAACAGAUGGCGAAUGGAAAGUUGUUAUAAAAAAAGUGUUACUAAUAGGAAGUUGUGAGUGCCAAGAGGUUCACUGCGACAAAAAGAAAAGAUAACUAUGAUAAAACGUAUUAUUCUUUAAUACGCUUUAAACUGGUUAACAAUCGUUAAAACAGUCGUAAACCUAAUAUUUAAUGGAAAAAGAAGUUAUUGGAGAUAUUGGUGAAUAACUUAUUUUUUUAAUCAGCCCGAUCAAACCUACAAAUAUUUUGAAAACAAGGAAUCGAACAAAAAGAACACACUGAACGAAGCAGAAUUUGUUGCAAUUUCUUAUUGUUAGUAAAUAAAUACUUUCAGAAUUAUUGUACCCACAUAUAACUAAAAUCAUACGUUUCCUAAAUCCUAUAUUUGUAUAUAUGAAUAAAAAUGCCUAUGUAAAUAUAUAUUAGAUGUUCCCUA